AUGCUAACUCCCCCCAUCCGUAAGCAGACAAAACCAUUGAAAAUCCCUAUUUUUUGCCAAAAAACUGAACAAAAAUUUUUUAUGAAAAAAAAUUUGAUAUAUAAGUAAUAAUUAAUAUAUUAAAUCUCCAGCUAAUUGUGUUUAAUUUUACAUUUUAAAACAUAAAUUUUACAAAUUAAAUAAAUAUUUGCUUUCCAAUUUUGCAAUUAAAUUAUUUUUUAAAAACAAAUCAACCCUAAUUUUUUUGUUCGCUCACGGAGGGGAGUAAGAUCAUUUUUAGCUAAGAAAUAUACCAGAAUUCAAUAUCAAAUUAACCAUGAGAACUUCUUAAAUUAUGCAAGCUAUCGUUUCUUUUCACUUUCUCUCUUAGUUACCUUCAUUGCAGUUGCCUUACUUCAAGUUGCAGGAUUAUUAUUCCAUGAAAAAAGAGCUUCGGAUUUGGAUCAAGAAAAAAACUCCCUCUUAACAAUUAAAUUUGCUUUUCAAGAAUAUUUUACUUUUACUUUAAUUUAA